AUAUUUGCAGACUUAUUUUCUUGUAUUAUGCUUGUGGUUAUUCUGUAAUCUCUUGCUUUCCAAUCAAGAAAAAAGGUUAAGUACUCCAAUAUGUUCUUAGAUUAUUUGCUUGUUUUGGGACUGGGGGCUGUGUUUUCUAAUUUUCAUAAUGUGUCAUGGAUACAAUUUUAUAUUUUCUCAUUAUUUAGUGGCUUUUUUCUUUUUGACAACAGUGAAAUAGAGUGUGUUGAGUUAUUUCAACAGGGAAAAAAUACGCUGAAGUCAUGUGGUUCCUGCAUCUUGGCAUCAGAGAAACAAUUUCUAUUUUAACUAGCAAGUAAAAGGUUUUGCUCUGAGGGUUAUUAUUUAAUGCUCCAUCUUUUCCCAACAUGAUUUAUAUUUUGAAAACUAGUGAUAGUAAAAUUCAGAACUUUCUUAAAGUCAGUCAGCUAAUGCUUUCAGGAAUAUAAAUAGUAAGCCUAUAAUCUAAUAUUCAGUCCCCUUUUUGACAAUAGUUAAAAUAGCUUGAGUUGGUAAAGUGCUUUUAUGACAAAUUUUAUAAAAGGAAUCUGCCAAUUUAAAAAAAAUGCAUUCCACCUAACAUUGAAGUUAUGAGCUGUGUAUAAUUUUUUUAAUGAGGAAACCCAAAAUAAAUCAGAAACAAAUGGUAUUCUUUAUUAAUCACAUAUUGAAUGUAUGCCCUAAGGCCCCAGUCAGGAUAUGGGGAGCACUGUGUUGUGAAUUGUACUAACAUUCAAGAAGACCGUUCCUGUCUGGAAGGGCAUACAGCCUAAAAGCCACAAGACCAGAUAAAUUGUUGGGGGAAGGGGGAGGGUUCAGGCUGUAUCAGGAUAGUUUACGUGCCUUUGUUACUUUGUGUUAGAGUGAGGGAGAGUGGGUGAGGAAAAUAGAUCAACAACACUCUCGAGGGUGGAUAUGAAGAGGAGGAGAGUAUGGUGUUAUGGAGAGAGAGAGAAGGAUGGCAGGGGAAAUAGGGCUGUUAACAGAGACACAGUGAGGGAGGAGUUGGAAGGAGGAGAAGGCAAACAGCCUGUCAGAAGGGACUGAAAGUGCAGAUCUGAUGACAUCACUGCUGUCCAGUAACUGUGAAAAUGCAUUGCUGCAGCUCCUGCUUUCUAGAGGCCAGUCUGCAAGUGGCAAGCCUUUCCAUCAGAAGUUCCUGCUAUUCCUUCCCUAGACCCAUAUUGCUGGAGGGAAGGGCACAUAGAGGCUGGUGUCUUGAAUUGCACAGUUUGGAAUCUGUGUAAAACUUCUAAUUUUUUUACUUCAGAAUUCUGUGUAAAUUCAGAUUUUCAGGGCAACCUGCGGAUCAUGGUCUUGGCUACAUAUCUGUGGUGUUGUGAUUGUUUCUCUUGUGGCAUCUGUGUGGAAAGUGCCACACACACUACAGAACAACAACGGCUUUUGCUUGCAUUUUCCAGUGUUUUUUUUGUCAGCGAGUUCAGCAAAGUUGUAAUUCUUCAAGUUCCAGCCCUGAGCUGAGUGAGGAGCCACCAGCAGAGAUGGUAAAAAUGACAAAAUCAAAAACGUUCCAGGCUUACCUGCCAAACUGUCACCGAACCUACAGCUGUAUCCACUGCAGAGCCCACCUAGCCAAUCAUGAUGAAUUGAUUUCCAAGUCUUUUCAGGGAAGCCAGGGAAGAGCCUACCUCUUUAAUUCUGUGGUAAAUGUGGGCUGUGGUCCAGCAGAGGAGAGAGUUCUUUUGACAGGUUUACAUGCUGUAGCAGAUAUCUAUUGUGAAAACUGUAAAACCACUCUUGGAUGGAAAUAUGAACAUGCUUUUGAGAGCAGUCAAAAAUACAAAGAAGGAAAAUUUAUCAUUGAACUUGCCCAUAUGAUCAAAGACAAUGGCUGGGAGUAAAUUAAAAGCAUUUUUUCACUCUGUUUGGACAAUAUUCUGUGGAACAUGCUUUAUAAAAGACUAAUGCAAAUGAAAGGAGGAUUUUGGCUGAGGUAGCUCUGAUAAUAUCACUGAACUUUGCAACCUCACAAAUGACUAGUGUAGUUUAUGUGGCUCUUUCAGGCCAUGUUUGCCUUUUUCUCCUUGUGUAAGUUCCCUCUUUUGUAUAUGUAUUCUUGUGUGAACAGUUGUUUUGGAACAUUUUGGAUGACCUUUUUCUAAACUGUCAAGUUCUAGAGGAACAGUUCACUAACUGCAAAUGAAUUUUACUGGUUAGCAUUUUUAUUUGACCUAUGCCUUUAAUGCUACCUUUUGCUGUGCAUGCUUCUUGCCUAAACACCUACACCAAAUCUAGCAGAAGACUGAUAUGAGUAGUCCUGAAGAACGUAUGGGCUGGGAGUGUCUUUUUAUAUGUAGCAAUUUCUGAUAUCUCUGGCAGUGAAAGGGAUGCAGUAUUAGAGUAUUCAUUAAUUGCUUUUUUAAAUUUGGGAGUACCAUAAUCUAUGUACAUCUUGCAGGCAAGUAAGUUAAAGGUACAGUGCUCAUUUAGAAAUCUUUUGGUUGCACUGACUCAUAUAAGUAGAUCUUAAGUUCUGCAGAAAAGAAUACAUUAAUGAUUCAGUAUUUUUAGUGCAACUAAUUUUCAAGAAUACUAAGGCAGUGAUACUGUAGAAUAUAGUUAAUCAACAUAAUUGCAUUCCUUAUCCAGCAAACUUGUGUCUUGAAAGGAGAAGUUGAUAAAAUUACAGCCUGCAAGAUCAAAGGGCACAAAAAUAUAUGCAUCUUGUAUUUAUAAAAAUUAGUCAGUAAACAAGUUUUUGGUACUGUGCCUUUUAACAGUAACAGGGACUUGUGCAUCAGUGAAGUUUUAUGGCUGGUUCCAUGUAGCUGUGUAGUCUAAUGCACUGGACAAAGAGGUUGUUAUAAAGAAAAUUCAUUGAAGUAUUCUGCUUUUGCUACACUUUAGCAAAAAUAUACUUAUUUUUGUGUGACAACAGGCCAGAGCUUAUGAGAUGGAAGUUAGUAACAGUACCUAAAGAAGAGUGGGGGUUGGUGGAUGGGCAGGAAAGUGUGAUGUUGACUUCAUUUCUUCAUAAAAUAGAAUAGCAAGAUAAUUUUUAAAAUAAAAAUAAAAUAAAAAGGGGUUUGUUGAUUUGCUGGAUAAAUCAUCCCCAAAGACAUUUUCAUAAUAAAAUUUAUAUAAAGCUCACAUCCUUUCGGUUUUUUGCUUUUUUCCAGCUGCUUCUUAACUGGAGUGACUUAGUAAGAAAGCCUUCUGUGGAUGUGUAUCCACAAAAUUUACUACUGGCUUUUGUGCAUGCACUUUUCAGAGAGGUUUAAAAAAAAUUAAUGUUGUGUCUUGAUGGAAUGAACAAUAUGAAAGCCUUACAAUAGAAUAGAAGUUAAUUUCCUUUUAAUAACUAUUUUAACAUGGCAUUUGUGAAGGCUGCAAUGUGUGCCAUUGCUGCUGCUGCUACAUUUUAGAUAACUCUGACAGGUUUUCAAAACUCCACUGCACUUUAUUACCAGACAGCAUUCAUUUACAAGCAUGCCAAUGACUAGGAGUAAUACAAAAGCUCUACAUCAGGAGCUGUGAUAAUGAACCUACAGAACUUAAAUUUUAAACAACAGAAAUAGUAAAAACCCUUGGGCUUAAGUCCAAAGAACUGAUCUAGUACAACUGGGUCCAAUAUGGAUUUUGUGGGGUAGCUUAUACUGCUCAUCCAUAAUCAAGAAUUAGAUUGAACCCAGGAGUCCCCUUUAUCUGAAGGUCACUGGCACAAGAUGGUCAUCUGGUGCUGCCAUCUGUUCAGUCUGAAAGAACCUGGAAUACUGUUUUGUUUGGGCUAUUUUUCAGUUUUCCUCUAGUAUAAUGUCCAUUGCCAACAAUGAAAGCACCAAAACAGCUAUCAACAAGGAGUUUGUGUUGGCUUCAAAGACGAAGUGUAACACCCAUGAAGAUGUCUGUAGGAAAUUUUAUAUUUUCUUUGUCUGGCUACAGACUCGAGAAGAAUUACACUGAGUUGAAGAAAAACACCGCAACCCUUCACUAUAAAGAUGAGAGUACAAAUUUAAAGUUAAUUGUUUUCUUUUUACGAGACAGAACAAUCUGUAGUCAUAUUUUAAAUAAUGGAUUUGGAUGUUUCCUAUUAAUGAGCUUUUUAAAAAAAACAAAAGAACUAGAAAAGAUAUUCUUAUUUAGAUACUCAACCUCUUUUUUCAGUGCAUUAUUUAUUUGUAUUUCAAACUGGACAUUUUCACCAAAACCUUAAUUACCCUUGAUGCCAAAGGUUGGGAUUUCAUUAAGUGCUUAGCACCUAAAACUUCAACUACUGGCAUAAGGAGUUAAUGUGAGUUAUGUAUAAUGUUAUGGCUUUUAAGAGAACCAAAUAAAGCAAUAUUCAUAUUAGUCUUUUGAGGGGAAGGGGAGUAAGAGGGAGUAGAGAAGGAGCUGUAACUAAUACAAAAUUCCUACUGCACACUACUAUGUAAUAAUUUUUUAUGCUUGCUAUGAUAGCUGGGAGCAUGUGAACCUUUUUUUUUCUUAUUGCUUGACUUGAGCAGUGAUUCUUUGAAACAGUUCUCCCAUGGUAAAGAAGUGGAGAGUUAUGCUUAAUGGUUUUGGUGAAAGUUGGUUCCAGGUAUUAGUGGCUGCUGGUUGAUGUGAAGAGGUCAGUCUGGUCACUGAACCUUCCAGCAGUAUGUUAAAAAGAAAAACUUACUUGAAGAGAAUUCUAAAAAGCAUUUUCCCUCAAACUGUGUGUGUGUGUGUGUAAUAAGAUUAUAUUUAAAGGUUUUGUGUGUUCAUUCUGGGCAAGUUUACUUCCUCUCCCACUUGAGCACUUUUGUUAUUUGUACUGGUUAUUUUUAUUGUUGGUCUUUAACAUUUAUUUUGUUCGUUUUUUUUAUAAACUGUAACAAAAAGCUUUUGUGAACUCUUGUUUCACGCUAGCUCUUUUUUGGACCAAAUGAACCAACUACGAGCUGGCUUCUUGGAAAGAAUGUUCAUUGGGAUACAUAAGAAUGUGCUAGCGAAAAAUAUACAUGUAUUGAAAGGAUUUUCUUUUGAACCCAUAAAAGCUAUGGCAGUCUUAAUAUAAUUAAGCAUCAUAAUUUGACAUGAUUUUGGAAUCUGGUGACACAUUCUUCAUUGCCUAGGCCCUGAAGAGUGGCUGUAACACUGGUAUUACAAUAUUGAGAGCCUGCUUCAAAUGCCAAUAUUCUUUCUUUAGUUUAUAACUAUGGACAUCCUUUUAACCAAUGAAAGGCAAUACUGUCAUUUACAAAAUGUUAAGUUGCAAAAUUUCCUGUCAACUCUGACAGAAUUAGGGAGGGCUUGCUGAUACAUCAGCCUUACCACUUUUGCUGUUUUGGAUUUUAUUUCUUUCUUUCAUUGUGUUGCCAUUUUAAUAUACAGUAUUUUAUUACCCUCUUAACCAUCCAUAACCUCUUCUGACUAGUUUCUGCCUGUUGCUAAAAGGGGCUGGAAUAUGUGAACUUUUUCAUUAUCUACAACCUAUAUAAUGAUGUAGGUUGAAUUGUAACAUUACUAAUAUAACAGAGUACAAAUAAACUCCUACUGCAAACUAAAUAUUUGGCAAGUUUAAAAAUAAUCAGCAGCCUCUCUGUAACUGGCUUAAUUUUUAUGCAUCUAAACUUAUAGCAGCUUGUGGAAGACAUGAUUUGAAAUUAAUUUGAUUUCAAGUGAACGAUACCUCAAAGUAACAAACAGAAGCAAUUAACCCUUUGAUUAUGGAAAUAGUAAUAUAUCCAUAUUGCUCCCUAAUGUAAACUACAUUUGUGCUAACAUAGGGUGCUCGGUACCAUUUCCAAUGGACUUGAAAAUUUUCCUUUAUAUAUUGCUCUCUCAAAAAUUUUUUUCAGAUAAGAGGAUCAUAUAGUCAGGUUGCAAGACCUGUAUCUAAAUUGAGAUACCACAGCGCCACAAAGAGAGACAAAUUUUAACAUCCCACUUGUAUGAUAAUGGGACAAGAGUGGAAGGAAGCCGUCAAAUUAUAGUUAAACUUGUAGGAUAUUGUAUUGUACUUCAUUUAGCACUCGUGUAAGCCAAUCAGCAGUAUCUAUUGUAAAGGAACAGGAAUUUCAGAGGUAAUUUUGAAAAGGACUGUUACAAAUCAUUUAAGGCCUAAAGCAUGAGUCAUAAAUGGCAACUGAGUUGUGCCUCAUAUUGUUUCUUAAACACUUUAAAAUGCUUUCUUUUACAGAUGACAUGGCUGCUUUGCUGUUUUGUCCUAGCAAUACUGUAUAUCAUUUGUUGUUUCACUAUAUUGUAUCUGAGGUAUCACAAUAAAAGUUUCAAUGGUUUUGUUGAA